GAAAUGGAUCUUAAAAAUGGAUCUGUAGUGACUGAGUUUAUUUUACUAGGAUUUUCUGGACGAUGGGAACUUCAGAUUUUCUUCUUUGUAACAUUCUCCUUAAUCUACAGUGCAACUGUGUUGGGAAAUAUUCUCAUUAUGGUCACAGUGACAUUUAGUUCCACUCUGCAUUCUCCCAUGUACUUCCUCCUUGGAAACCUCUCUUUUCUGGAUAUGUGUCUCUCCACUGUCACCACGCCCAAAAUGAUCACAGACUUACUCAAUGAACACAAGACCAUCUCCAUAUGGGGCUGCAUGACCCAGAUGUUCUUUAUGCACUUCUUUGGGGGUGCCGAGAUGACUCUUUUGAUAGUCAUGGCCUUUGACAGAUGUGUAGCCAUAUGCAAACCCCUGCACUACAGGACAAUCAUGAGCCAGAGGCUGCUAAGUGGGUUUGUGAUACUUUCAUGGACAAUUGGGUUUGUACACACCAUGAGCCAGAUGGCAUUAACAGUAAACUUGCCUUUCUGUGGCCCCAAUGUCAUAGACAAUAUAUUUUGUGACCUUCCCCUUGUGAUUAAGCUUGCUUGUAUGGACACAUAUACCCUGGAAUUCUUUGUCAUUGCUGACAGUGGGCUGCUCUCAUUCAUCUGUUUCAUCCUCCUCCUUGUCUCCUACACUGUCAUCCUGAUCACUGUACAACAAAGAUCAUCUGGAGGGCUCUCCAAGGCUCUGUCCACACUGUCUGCACACAUCAUUGUGGUCACUCUGUUCUUUGGACCUUGUAUCUUUAUCUAUGCCUGGCCAUUCAACAGUUUUGCUGGCAAUAAAGUCCUUGCUGUAUUUUACACUGUUAUCACACCCUUACUGAAUCCUAUUAUUUACACUCUGAGAAAUCAGAAAAUGCAAGGGGCCAUGAGAAAAUUACAGUUCCAACAUGUUAUCUCUAUGUGGAACUUCUAG